CCGGCAUUGCUUCAAUGGGUUGGACGCCAGCACUUGUUUUCGGGAUGCUUGAACUGAUUUUGCAGUAUCCACUCUCAGUCGACUGAGGCUGCGCAUGGCGAAGAUCAGAUCAAUUACGUGAGAGAAGCUCAACGUUCAACUGGGACCCACACAAUUGCACAAAACGCGAGAUUUCAUCAUGGCCGAAACAACCAAACACUUAUCUGAACACUGAUUUUCCAAGAAAGUCGAUUCCGGAAUGAUGAAGCAGGUCACCGCGCCGUCACGAUUCACGGCAGACGACACUUGGCCUGAAACAUCCAGCGAACCCGACGUCGGUCCGUUCCAUUGGAUGUUCACAGCCGCAUUCCAUCCUUUACCAACUGGCUGGCGCACAAGUCCGUUCCCAAUGCUCCAGGCGGCUUCUCCCUGGCCGUCCCAGUGGAACGCGAACUGCUCGAAGGUGUAGGAGUGCGAGAUCAGGAAGCGCGUCACGCCAGAGUUGUUUGUGUUGGUCGCGCCCACAUGGUUCUGGAUCUUCGCGUUGCUCGAGUAGGAGAGCAGGUUCAGGUUUCCGGGCCCCCGCGUCACAACGAUCACGGCGCCGCCCUGGCGGAAUGCAGUAACAGACAUGGAUGUAUG